AUGGCUGGGAUGGCUCAGGCUAUGCAGAACCAACCGAAUGCUGACGAGAAUGCUGGAUCUCGUAGUUUGGCCACUUUCCAAAGGGAGAAUCCGCCGGUGUUCAAGGGUACGCAUGACCCUGAUGGUGCUCUUGAUUGGUUGAAGGAGCUUGAGCGAAUCUUCCGUGUUAUGGAUUGUACUCCUGCACAGAAGGUUAGAUAUGGCACUCAUAUGCUGGCUAAGGAAGCUGACGAUUGGAAGUACUAUCCUGAAGAUGUUCGGGGUAAGAAAGAGAUUGAAUUCCUAGAGUUGACGCAAGGGAACAAGUCCGUGACCGAGUAUGCUGCCAAGUUCACUGAGUUGAUUAAGUUCUAUCCUCACUUUGAUGGCGAAGGUGCUGAAUUUUCUAAGUGCAUCAAGUUUCAGAAUGGGUUACGCUCGGAUAUCAAGAAGGCUGUUGGGUACCAAAAGAUCCGUUUGUUUUCUGAUUUGGUUGACAGUUGUAGGAUCUUUGAGGAAGAUAGUAAUGCUCAUCACAAGAUGGUUAGUGAUAGAAGGGGCAAGAAUCAACAAAGCCGUGGGAAACCGUAUGAUGCUGGUAAAGGGAAACAAAGAGUUACUCAUGGUCAGAGGUCUAGUGGGGGAGAUGCUCCUGCUAGGAUUGUAUGCUUCAAGUGUGGUCAACCUGGUCAUAAGAGCAAUGCUUGUACUGCUGAUGCGAGGAAGUGUUUCAGAUGUGGUAAGAUGGGACAUGCAAUGUCUGAUUGUAAGCAUAAGGACAUGGUAUGUUUCACGUGUGACGAAGAGGGACACAUUGGUAGCCAGUGUCCAAAGAAGAAGGCACAAUCCGGUGGAAAGGUGUUUGCUUUAGCUGGGACUCCUACAGCUAGUGGAGACCGACUCAUUAGAGGUAUAUGUUUCAUUAAUAGUACUCCUUUAAUCACUAUUAUUGAUACUGGUGCUACUCAUUGUUUUAUUGCUUCUGAUUGUGUUGAAAGAUUGGGUCUUAUGUUGUCUUCCAUGAAUGGAGAGAUGGUUGUCGAUCUUCCAGCUAAGGGAUCGGUGACUACUUCUUUGAUGUGUUCAAAGUGUCCUUUGUCGAUCUUCGACAAAGACUUUGUUGUUGACUUGAUUUGUUUGCCGUUAAGUGGAUUAGAUGUAAUCUUGGGUAUGAAUUGGUUAGAGUAUAACUAUGUUCAUAUCAACUGUUUUAACAAGUCCUUGAGGUUUUCUUCUCCCGAGGAAGAAGGAGUUGGUUUGUUGACUGGUAAGCAGUUGAGGCAAUUGAUGCAAGACGAAGCACAAAUGUUCUCAUUGAUGGCGUCAUUGUCUUUUGAGAAUCAAGUUAGAAUUGACGUGUUAAAGGUGGUGCGAGAAUUUCCUGAUGUGUUUCCUGAUGAAAUUCCUGAUGUACCUCCAGAAAGAGAAGUUGAGUUUGCGAUUGAUCUUGUACCUGGUACCAGACCUGUUUCUAUGGCACCGUACAGGAUGUCUGCAUCUGAUUUGUCUGAAUUGAAGAAGCAAUUAGAAGAGUUG